AUGAGUAGAGGAUAUGAAGAUAGCAGUGAUGAGGAGCUGUCUGGAGAUGGACAGGAUGAUGAUAAGAAUAUUGAACAAUUAUUGAAUGAAAGUCACAGUACAACAGUUCAGAAUAUUCUUGAUCAAACUGAUCUAGCUGGAAAACAGGUAGCUGAUUACAUUAGAGGAUCAUUGAGCAAGGACAAUGACAAUUUUGAUGACACUUUUGGGCCAAGAGUGAGAGACAAUGCUUACUACCUGGGCAAUAAGUAUUUAGCUUUUGGAGAGAAUGGUGAUGAAAUUGUGCUGACUGACCCUGUAGAUGAGGAAGAAAAGACCUUCACAGCUACAUUGGGACUUUGUGAGUUGAUUUUCAAGAAGAAUCCAAAUCGUGCAUUAGUUGAAUCCGCUGAGGCCUAUGGAGAAAUAUUGAACUGGACCAGUGUGCACAGACAGAACAAUGAUUCAAGAGGUGAGAUUGUUAACUACAACAAAGCCAAGUAUGAGAAUACAAUCAAAUGCCUUUUGGAUGAUGGCAGAGAUGGCAGUCAAAUACAUUCUGAGAGACAAGUGACUGGGAGAGGAUCUAUUGCUCCAAGGCAUGAUUUUCGUAAGGAGAAAAGUCAGAAGAUCUAUAGAGGAAGAGGUGUUCUGUCAGCUAUCAAGGGUGCUGCUAGUACAAUAGUUAAUAAGGCAAUCGACAUUCUACCAGUUGAGCUUCAUAUCCCUGGCUAUCAGUACUGUGAACCAGGAACAAAACUUGAGAAGCAAUUAGCACAAGGUGAUCCAGGAAUCAAUAAACUUGAUCAGGCUUGCAAGGAGCAUGAUAUUGCCUAUUCCAAGAGUGGUGAUACAGCAAGCAGAGCAGUAGCAGACAGCAUCUUGGCAGAGAGAGCCUGGGACAGAGUGAGAUCUGAAGAUACAGGGGUGUUGGAAAAAGCUGCAGCACUAGCAGUCACCAACAUCAUGAAGGCUAAGGCAAAGUUUGGGGGAGGUAUGAAAAGAUCACUGAAGAAAGUCAGCAGGGUGGCUAAGAAGGGGAAGAAACAAAAGAUUCAACCAUCAAAGAAAAAAUCAAUGAGAGGAGAUCAAGGUCUUUACUUGAGACAUCAGAAACCAAAGGUUGGUACAGGUCUUUACUUGAGAUAGCAGAGAUCGAAGGUUGGUGAAGGUCUUUACUUGAGAAAGCAGAGAACAGCAACACCUUAGACAAUAGGUAAUACAUUGAGGUACAAUCAAAAUCAUAAUGCUGUACAAAUUUGGAUAUAUAUUGGAUACAUAGCAGAUUAGAUUCAUUGUGCUGGAAUCAUCUGUGAAGAACAGACAUUUUGUGGAUCAACUGUGUAUCUGGAACAAUAAAGAAGAUGGUACUCCUAUUCUCAAAGUGGGGUGACUAUGGUG